AUGUUGAACGUCAUCAGUUGUCUUGUCCACUAUUCAUUGCACGGCACAAUGCGACCAAGAGACUCUCCUGCACUCAUGCAAAUACCUCUCAUGCAAUUUCUUCACAGUUGUACAUGGAUUUCUUUUCCACCGUCGUCGUCAGCAACAGAGGGAUGCCCACGAACUUUCUUGUCUUUAUGGCUGAAUUCUUCACGACGGAAUUUUCGAAAUUAUUUUGAAUAUUUAAAGCGUAUACGAGAAGAAUUUCAACGUUCAAAAAAGAUUGGGAAUCCAAAAUGGGCAAUGAAACUUCCGAGACAUUCGAAAAAAGAAAGUACUGGCGAUGUCUCCGAUGAGGAAGACAUUGACAAUGCCGUUGCAGAUCUGACGCAAUCUGCAGGGAAAUAUAUAGAUAAAAGCAAGCUUCUGCCUAAAGGAGUGAUCAGUGUGACAUGUUUAAACAAUAUUACACAAGGUCAUCGAUUUGGCAAACUUGCAAUAAGAGCUGUUCAGUUCCACCCAGAGCGACCUGUUUUGAUGAUCGCUGGUGAAAAUGGAAUUAUUUCAUUAUUCGAAGUUGGUUUACCAAAAUCAAAAGAAUCUUUUCUUCAAGAUAUUUGCUUCAAAAAUUUCCCUGUGACUAAAGCUGCGUUUUCGUCUGAUGGGUUGAAGAUUAUAGCUGGUUCGAGAAAACAGGAAUAUAUGUUCAGCUAUAAUCUUUUGGAUGGUAAAGUGUUGCAAUUAAGGUUGCCCAAAGGCGUAACAAAAAUGAAUGCGGGGAAUUUUGCACUUUCUGAUGAUGGAAGAUAUAUGUCGGUCGUUACGAGGAAUGAAAUUCAUAUUAUUACAGUUUCGUCCAUGGAAUAUAUAGCAUAUUCAGUGGCUCCACGAUACGUCAUCUCAACGCAAUUUUUAUCAUCAUCGUCGAAUAUCGUUUAUGCGAUGACAGAGAAUGGUGAAGUUCUUUUUUGGGAUAUCCGGAAGGCCGGAAGGCUGAAAUCAUUUAUGGAUGAAGGUGUGAUCCGCAGCACAACAAUGAGAAUAAGCAGAAAUAAUCAGUACAUCGCAUGCGGGUCAAACUCAGGUAUCGUUAAUAUAUAUGAUAUGUCCCAAAUUCAUUGUAACCAAGCGCCCAGACCCGUUCGAACUUUUAAUCAAUUGACCACAAGUAUUAAACAUCUCACUUUCAACAACGAUUCUCAAAUAUUAGCAUUUUCUUCGAAUAUAAAGGAAAACGCUAUUCGAUUGGCACAUGUGCGAAGUUUAAAGGUAUUUUCGAACUUCCCAUCUUUCAACAACCAUAUUGGAAAGCCUACAACGGUUGACUUUUCACCGAAUAGUGGAUACAUGGCUAUUGGAGACGAAAAGAAUUUUGUCAAUUUAUUUAAAUUAAACUAUUUUGAAAGAUAUUAA